AUGGAGUCCGUCUUCAACGACUUCAAACGCGCCAUCGAAGCCGGCGAUGGCUAUGGCGUGGCAGCAACAAUCUCUCCAGUUCCUCCCCCCAGCGAUCCCGGCCGGCUCUAUUCCUUCCACCGCAGCACGAACAGCUACAGUGUCCAGACCGAUUUCCGCUAUGCCAUCGUGUACAACAAUGACAUACAGCUGAACAAGAUGGAGGGCAACAGCUGGGUGGAUGUAUUCGUUGCCUACUGGAAAGCUAUAGGCGAGCUCUUGUUAGCCGAAGAAGUAACGAAUCAGGGCAAGAGCAGCCAGGCACCAUGGGGCAGAGUGUACGAGGCCUGGAAAGAGAUGGCCACCGUGCUGCUUCGCGGAUACACCGGUCUGAUCUUUCCAGCUUGGACAGUACCAUGUCUUUAUGUGGCCGGGAAGUAUCUGAGGGUGUUCGCUAUCAAGGCGGAUGAGCAAGCUGCGCAGUCCAACGGUAAGGUGACGUUCAAUGCCGGCUUUCAGGAUGACAUAGUGAGCUCGAUGGGCAAGAACGAGACGCUGGAGGAUGCGGCGAGGCAGAUUAAUCGGAUUUUUGCCGCCUGUAUUAGCGAUCGUGCACCUCUAGAAGAGUCGCGCAAGUGGGCUCUCUACUACAUUACGAACCUUCUCUUCAAGACGUACUUCAAGGCAAGCCACCCAGGGAACCUCUCGAAGAACGUCCUCCGCUCUCUACAAGCAUCCCAAGCGGACAUACCGCCCCUAGAAGCCUUUCCGAAAGCCCACCAAGUCACCUUCAAAUACUACGCCGGCGUGGUUGCCUUCUUAGAGGAGGACUACGCACGAGCAGAAGAGCACCUAACAGAAGCCUACCGCCUCUGUCACAAGGAAGCCCAAAAGAACCGCGAACUCAUCCUCACCUACCUCAUUCCCUGCCACCUCCUAACAACGCAUACGUUGCCCACCCAAGCGCUCCUCGCACCCUAUCCCCGCCUGCAGCGCCACUUCACGCCGCUGGCUACCUGCAUCAAGCGCGGCGACCUCGCAGGCUUCGACGCGGCGCUCCACGCUGGCGAGGCCGAGUUCGUCAAGCGCCGCAUCUAUCUCACGCUCGAGCGGGGGCGAGAUAUUGCGCUAAGAAAUCUGCUGCGUAGGGUCUUUAUUGCUGGUGGAUUUGAGCCGGCCAAGGAGGGGGAGGAGAGGAAGGUGAGGAGAACGAGAGUGCCGAUUGCGGAGUUUGCGGCUGCGAUUAGGUUGGGGAGUGGUGGGGUGGGGAUGGAUAUGGAUGAGGUGGAGUGCAUGGUUGCGAAUUGCAUCUACAAGAACCUCAUGAAAGGCUACAUCGCCCGCGAACGCGGCAUCGUCGUCCUGAGCAAGGGCGGCCAGGCCUUCCCGGGGACAGGGGUCUGA